CUUACCGCUGUUUUCAUGUCUGAAAACACGAGAGCACGAGGUUCCGCGUAGAAAAUCAUCAACGCGUGUGUUUUAACUCCACCUUUAACUAUUUUAACCUGCCGUCAGUCUGUCUGCAUUCAUUACUGGAGACUGUGGACCUCCUGUUUACUUCAAGCUGGAGCAUAAAAUCAAAGGCCGUGGAUAAUGUCACAAGCUACUAAACGCAAACACGUUGUUAAGGAGGUUCUUGGAGACUUUGUGACUCCCACGGAGAACCAGCAAAUUGUCAAGGUGAUCGGUAGCCGUGGAAACAACCUCCAUGAAACUGUCACAGCUCAGGGUGACACGUUCCUCGUGAGCAUGCCCACCAAGUUCCGUAAAAACAUCUGGAUCAAGAGAGGUGAUUAUGUGAUCGUGGACCCAAUAGAAGAGGGAGAAAAGGUGAAGGCAGAGAUCAGUUUCAUCCUUUACAAAGAUCACAUUCAGUAUCUGCAAAAACAACAGCUCUGGCCUGAGGGGUUUAAGGAGGAGUCAUCACAGGACAAAACACAGAAGGAGCAUGAAAAGGAUGAGGAGAAAGAUGAGGAGGAGGGUAGUGAUUCUGAGGACGACGAGAGCGACCUCUUUGUGAACACCAACCGCCGUGACUACCAGUACAGUGAGAGUGAGGAGGAGGAGGACAGUGAGGAGGAAGACGAUGAUGAUGAUCAUAAUAAUGAUGAUGAUGAUGAUGAUGAAGAGGAAAGGACAGAAAAGUGAGAACACUGACUGGAUGGACUUUGAACAGACUCAGGAGGUCACCUCAGUCCAUGGAUGAGGGUUUGAUACGAAGGCUGUCAGCGCUCAGUCUGCUCAUCUACGGAAAUAAAACAUUUGUGUGAAGGAGCAGCCUGCACCUCCUGCGCUGGAUUAAUGCGUUAAGAGAAGUCCUGCAUGUGAAGCUGAUUCCAUAACUUUGCUCGUGUUGAAACUUGACAGAAAUUCAAUGAAAAACAGGAUAACUUCCACUUCCGAUGUGUUAAAAGACGUUUCCUGUUUUGCAGGCCGUCUUUAGCGCCCUCUCUACUGCUGUGGAAAUGUGAGGAUGAAAUAUCAGACAAACGAAAGCACAAAAUUAUGUUUAAUUCCCUUCGUUUAAUUGUUUGUCAAGUAUUCAAAUAAUAAAUAAUGUAGUCAUUUCCUCAUUUCAGUGCUUAUAGGAUAUUAUUAGCGAUGUGUAACCAGUUUGGCUUUAGGCUGGACAGUGGUGACCACAGACAGAAUAAAGCAGCCGCAUCAGAGCCAAGAUGUUUGG